AUGGCUUCUGGAGUAACAGUGAAUGAUGAAGUCCUAAAGGUUUUUAAUGACAUGAAAGCAAGAAAACCUUCAACCACUGAAGAGAUUGAUAAGAAAAGAAAGCAAGCUGUUCUUUUGUGCCUAAGCGAUGACAUAAAACAAAUACUUAAAGGGGAGUCGAAGCAGAUACUGGUUAGUGACAUUAUAGAGGUGGAGGACCCCUAUACAGCAUUUGUGAAGCUGCUACCUCUGCAUGAUUGCAGAUAUGCUUUGUAUGAUGCCACCUAUGAGACAAAGGAAUCUAAGAAAGAAGACCUGGUGUUUAUAUUCUGGGAUCCUGAAAGUGCAUCUUUAAAAAGCAAGAUGAUCUACGCAAGCUCUAAAGAUGCCAUUAAAAAGAAAAUUACAGAGCCUACAGCUAUGUCUGUGAGCGAUCCUUUGGCAAAAAAGGCCCCUAAGUGUGGGUCUGUAAUUUACAAACCCAUGAUUGGGAAGGCCCCUGGGAUCUCCUUAUUUGGGGCCACAGGUAUGCUUGUGUUUCCACAGAAGCUGGGGUCUAGUGGGUUCAUGCUCACUGUGUUUGGCCUGCUUCAGAGCACCAUUAAUGGGAACAACGCCCUCAGCCCACAUCGGCUAACACCAUGA